AUGGCUGACUCGCCAGAAACGGCCAGAACUCGUGACAAGGUCCACCAUACGGUGACCGCCUGUGUGCGGUGCAGACAGAGAAAGACGAGAUGCGACGCCACCCUACCCCGGUGUGAGCCAUGUGAGAGGAGCAAUGCCUACUGCGAAUACUACGACUCGGCCAAGAACAGGACCAUACCACGGACAUACAUCACCUCAUUGCAAGACACCGUGCGCAGACUAAAUGAAGAACUGAAAGCCCUGGAAAAGGACGAGGAGCAUGAGCCGGACCAUGAGGCAAUGGCGCGGGGUGCUGGUCUGGUCAAGUUCAGUGAGAACGAUGAAAGUCGCUUCUUGGGUCCCUCCAGUGGCAUCGCCAUUACACGCUUUGUCAUGGAGUUCGCAAAGCAGAACUCGUCGCGAAGGACUAUCAAGGACGUUGUACCCCACCAUGCCGCCCAGGAGAUCAAGGACAAGUUUGGUGCCGAAAGCGACAAACCCACAUCCAAGGUUUAUCCAUUGAUCAGCUCAGUUGCGGCCCCAGAUCUCCCCAACCGUGAACUGAUGGAUCGUCUUGUCGAGAUCUACAUGGCGAAGGCUCAAUAUAUGCUGCCCCUCCUCCAUGAACCGACGUUUCUAAGAGAGCUCGAGGCGGUCUACGACGGGUCCGAAGAUCCCACUCUCAACUUCCAGGUGCGGCUCGUGAUUGCCAUAAGCAUGCAGAAACUGGAUAAGCAAUACGCCGGAUUGGCUGACAGCUACUAUCUGGCGGCUCUACCUUUCCUGACUGGCGCAGUCCAGAAAAUGGAUCUCUCGACAUUGCAAUGCUUUGCCCUCAUCGCUCAAUAUUCCUUGCUCACACCAACACGAACAGCGGCCUACUGGGUUGUCGGUAUCGCCGCAAAGCUGUGUCAGGACCUCGGCUUGUGCGAAGAAGAGACCAUCCAUCGACCGCCGUCCGGCGCCCGACCCAACGCCCUUGAAGUUGACAUGCGCCGACGGCUAUUCUGGAUCAUUACAUCAAUGGAAUACGGCCUCGCACAUAGUUUGGGACGACCGAGCGCAUUUGGAGUCACUGUCGACAACAUCAAUGUCAACUUUUUCGAGCUCUGCGACGACCGAUAUAUUAGCGCCGACGGUCUUCUGCCUGGUCAUCACCCAAUCAUGAAGAAGUGUAUAUCGAUACAUUUCUUCAGGAUGCGACUGCUCCAGGCCGAGAUCAGGCGAACGUUGUACCUCAAGAAGAGAGACACUCCCUCGCAUGAUCAAGACCCUUGGUUCCACCAAAUCUUGACCAAGAUCGACAAUUGGGUUCGAGACUGUCCCAAGAAUGAUGAGGGUUCCGGACUCAGUGAAAGCUGGUUUAUUGGACGCAAGAAUACAAUGAUUGUCUUUCUAUAUCGUCCUUCACCUCAAAUCCCGAACCCGUCGCUUUUUGCAGCACAACAGUGUUACUCGGCAGCAAUCUUCAACAUCCAACUCCAAAAACGCCAGGUAGAAGCCCAUUUGAUUGAUAUCACCUGGAUUUUCACUCAGGCUAUCUUUAUGGCUCUCAACACCGUACUAUGGUGCAUCUCUUACCCGGAUAUCCGCCAACAGCAUCCCUUGGAGGAAGUUCAACUACAUAUUCAGGACGCGCUGAAAGCGAUCGAUCUUUGUGCGGACCGGUGGCCAGGUGUUCGUUCUGCUCAACAGCUCUAUGACAACCUCGUGCUGGGCUGUCUCAAAGCUUAUGAGGCCGACAACAAGGAAUCUCCGGCCUCGCAAUCCGAUUACCCUUCCUCAGCAACUCAUGACCUGAGUUCCUCUGCUGCUUCUCAGUUCGCCACGAGUCCGGCUAGUACGACGAAUACAUCCUACUUCGGCGCUCAGUCUCCUCAGUCAAUUCACAGCAUCCAUGGUGCGUCAAAUAGCCACAACCACAAGAGCGCAGCGGCCGGGCACAUCAACCAUACCACACAGCAACACCAUUAUCAACCCCAGUCUCAGCCAGAGAUGCUUCCAACCUCGACCCAACCCUUUGCGGCGCCGCAGCACUAUAUUCCAACCACUACCGCUAUUUCACUUCCUCGGCUCGAUGCCACCUCAAUCCACUAUAGCCUGCCAGGUUUUGAUCCGCAUGCUUUUCCGACCACAACUUCAGCUGGAACCGCCUCGUGGUCGACUGCACCCCUCAUACCUGGAGUGAUCCCUGGCAUCACGGGCUCCCCUAAUUUGAACUAUGACGAACUGCCCUACCUCGCUUCUUUCGGACACGAAUAUAGUCGCUAUAUGGGGCAGUCCUUCCCUCCACCCGGGCGUCGUAGCAACAGUACUGUGUCCGGACCUCCAGGCACACAUCCUGGCCCAGCGAUUGCGGGAGAAAGUCCCUAUGCCAUGCAAUCGCUGAGCUCCCAACAGCAGAUGGAGCUCAUGGCCAUGCUACAGAGUGCACAGAGUGCCGGACAGUUACCAGACGUUAGCAGGCUUACCAGCGAUGCCACUACCUUUUACACCGCGCAACUACCGUGA